AUGGCUCAUAGAUUAUUAGUAAAUGUUAUAUUCACAGGUGCAUCAGUAUUUGGAAGAGCAUUUACUGAAGCUUAUAAGCAAGCAGCAAAAGCAUCAGCAGCAGGUGCAGCAGCAGGUGGACCAGCAAAAGCAACAUCACAAGGUGGUAUAUCAACAGAUGAAGCUUUAAAAAUAUUAAAUUUAGAAAAAUCAGAAAUAUCAUUAAAUAAAAUUGAUGAAAAAUAUAAUUAUUUAUUUGAUGUAAAUUCAAAAGAUCAAGGUAAUUCAUUUUAUUUACAAAGUAAAAUAUAUUAUGCAAUGGAUACUUUAAAAAAAGAAUUGGAAUAUUUAGAGAAAUUAAAACAAAGUAAAGAAGGAACUAGUUGA